UCCUUUUCCGUCACCGUCACCCGGAAAUACAGAAUGAUCACAUGGGUGCAGCACAGAGGCCGGCGCUUCCUGGUCACGUGCCGGAAGUCAGUGCUCUGGGUGCGGCGAGUGACUGGACUGGUCCCCUUUUUCUAAAAUGGCUUCAUUGCUGCAAUCCGAGCGGGUCUCUUACUUAGUUCGUGGCGAGAAGGAGAUUCGCGCGCCGCUCUCGCAGCUCUAUUUCUGCCGUUACUGUAGCGAGCUCCGUUCCCUCGAAUGCGUCUCUCAUGAGGUGGAUUCUCACUAUUGUCCCAGUUGCUUGGAAAAUAUGCCAUCAGCUGAAGCCAAGCUGAAGAAAAACAGGUGUGCUAACUGUUUUGACUGCCCAUGCUGCAUGCAUACCCUUUCCACCCGUGCAACAAGCAUUCCUGCUCCACUGCCUGAUGAUCCAGCUAAGACUACAAUGAAGAAAGCUUAUUAUCUGGCCUGUGGCUUUUGCCGCUGGACAUCCAGAGAUGUUGGCAUGGCAGAUAAAUCAGUUGCCAGUGGAGGUUGGCAGGAGCCAGAGAAUCCUCAUACUCAGAAGAUCAAUAAGUUAGUUGAGUACUAUCAACAGCUGGCUCAGAAGGAGAAGAUGGAAAGAGAUCGUAAAAAGCUGGUUCGGCGCCGCCCCUACAUGCCACUGGCUUUUUCGCAACACACUAUACAUGUAGUGGACAAAUAUGGCCUUGGAACCAGGCUCCAGCGUCAGAGGCCUGGAGCACCAAUCAGUGCACUUGCUGGACUGUCGCUAAAAGAAGGAGAGGACCAGAAGGAGAUAAAAAUUGAACCGGCCCAGGCUGUGGAUGAAGUGGAACCUCUGCCUGAGGAUUAUUAUACAAGACCAAUCAAUUUAACAGAAGUGACAACCUUGCGGCAGCGCCUCCUGCAGCCAGACUUCCAGCCCAUCUGUGCUUCUCAGCUUUACCCGCGUCAUAAGCACCUGCUGAUCAAACGCUCGUUACGGUGCAGGAAAUGUGAACACAAUUUGAGUAAACCAGAGUUCAAUCCUACAUCCAUCAAAUUCAAAAUCCAGCUAGUAGCUGUCAACUACAUCCCUGAAGUGAGAAUCAUGUCUAUUCCAAAUCUGCGCUACAUGAAGGAGAGUCAAGUUCUUCUAACUCUAACUAAUCCAGUGGAAAAUCUUACCCAUGUGACAUUGAAAGAAUGUGAGGAAGGUGAUCCUGAUGACAUCAAUAGUACUGCUAAGGUGGUGGUUCCUUCCAAGGAGUUAAUUCUGGCUGGCAAAGAUGCAGCGGCAGAAUAUGAUGAGUUGGCAGAGCCUCAGGAUUUUCAGGAUGACCCUGACAUUAUAGCAUUUCGGAAGGCUAACAAGGUUGGAGUAUUCAUCAAGGUUACUCCACAGAAAGAAGAGGGAGAAGUUACUGUGAGUUUUAAGAUGAAACAUGAAUUUAAAAAUCUUGCUGCUCCAAUUCGGCCCACGGAGGAAGGUGAUCAGAGCUGUGAAGUCAUCUGGCUCACUCACCAUGUGGAGCUCCGGCUGGGCCCUCUGCUUCCAUGAAGACUGUCAGUAUUUGGAUCCUGAAAAAUGGCCACGUACUGUACCAUGUCACUGUUGUAGAAGAAUGUGUCCCAAAUAAAUGUUGAAGGCACUGGUUCAUAGACCUUCCUUUGGAUGAGAACGCACACCACAGGUAUCAGCCAAAAGUGGUAGAGGUAGAAUUAAAAGAGGGAGAGCCGUGCCUCUGAAUGAUGUUCCUCUGCUUCCCUCUUUGCAAUACCUACUAAGAUGGUUUUCUGACUUUACACCUCAUGCUCCAUCAGCUUUACAGCACAAAACUCAAUGUACACACUUGUGGCCAUCUAUGUACUUGCAUUAUGUUUUGAUCAAAUCACAUGAGAUUUCUUAGCAAAACUGUGUCAAUUUCAUAAAGCUAGAAUUAGAGAAAGCCAAAAUCUCUUUCUAGCAGGUGGAGUUGACAGGACAGAUUUAUUCCAAGGCUGCAGUAGCAUCUUCUUGUAAUGCAACUCAGCAGCAGGAUAUGCUCUUGCUUACCGUCUUCUGUUUCAGUGUUUGAGGAACAAUUUACUGUCCUGUACAGUUUACUAAGGAAAAGCAGUUCUGAAAAAGGCACUUUUUUGUGCACCCUCGGUAUUCUGCAGUUUGGAGGCUUAAUGUUUUUGCCGCUCUUAAGCUGGGAGGUGCGGGUUUGAAGUGAAAACAUGUUACAGGGCAGUCAGUAAGUGAGACUGCUGCUGUGGAUGUCUUAUUGAAGCUACAGGGGGUGCUGCAAGGAGAUUGGAACAGGAGGCACUUGUUUGUGUUCAUAAAAUUAUUCCUUUAAAAAUAAUGUAUGAACCAAAGAUAUUUGAAGCUUUUUGAUAGGUGAGAUCACUUUUGGUAUGUGUGUUUCAAUCUAACACUAUGUAAGAAAGCAGCAACCAUCACCCGCUGUGCAUUUUCCCACUAUAUGUACUCAAGACCACACCAUUAUAAGCAUGGCUUUCUGAUCAGCAAAUUAAGUGAAUAAAUUGUUAUAAUCUACAAAAUGGCCAAGGCUUGGCUCUGUAUUUUGAUUGGUAACCCUAAAAUCAGUAUUGCCAUGCUGUCCGCUCAGAAAUUUUUUCAACACAUGCAUGUAAGUUAAUUUUUUUUCUUUGCUAGAGUGCAGGGAAGAAAUGCACAGUGGUUUAGGGUUUUUUGAACCAGAUGGUUCUAGAAAUAAGCAACAGAUGCAAGUAUUAUGAAUUGAGGGUUUGAUGUGUAGCCUGAAGCAAACGGGAAAAAGAAGAUCUCAUGACUAAAAAUCUUGGCAACAGGACUAAAUUCCAAUGUGACUGUAUGCAAUACUGUAGACAUAGAAAAGAGGGUAUGCUUAUUUCAAGUUCAGGCAAACUGUUCAUUUAAGUACAUAAUUGGAGGCACACUAAAUAGAAAUGGUUGGAAAAGUGCUUUUGUAGAUUGCAGAUUGUACAGAGGUGUAUUUUAAAAUGAUCUGCAUUUGUCUGGCAGCAUUUGGGUGAAGGUUGCGCCUUAUUUUCUAGUCUGUGCAAUGGAUGGUUAAAAAAACCUUAAUGUUUACAGGGCGGCAGCAUCUGUAUAAUGUAAAGCAUGAGAUUUAGAAGUCUAGCUAGUGUUUACGCUUAAAUGUGUAGUGUUAGUGUCUGCUGUCCUCAGUUUAUAAACCAAAUUCAAAUAAUCCCUGGUUUAACCUCCUCAAGCCACUUCUUGGCUAAGUAAUAUUUUGAAAGUUGAAGGUGAUAAGAGCUGAGAUGUUGCUGUGCUGAUAAAAUUAAUAGUCCUGCUCAUAAUGUGUAUAGGAUAUAUUUUGGAAACCAUAAGGGCUGGUUCAAAAAUUGAAUAGUAUACUAGAUUUUAACAACGUAGUCAAGGGAUUUGUUUUUCUUGUUUAAUCUUACAAAACAUAGGAAUAGCAUAGGAAUAACUGUUGGUAUGUAUUCCUCGUAAUUUUGCUGAAACAUCUCACUGGUUCUUUGUGAGGACACUGGAAGCACUCUGCCUUACUGCUUAAUGUAGUGAACUUGGAAAUAAAGAAGCAGACAGA